AUGAAGUCUUCUGAUGAUCCAAACGACGACGAUAAAGCUCUCUCUGAGGAACAAAGGUUCUAUUACCUGCGUCUUAUGGCUACCCCAGGUGGUGAGAAAGAACCGAUUAAAACAAAGUUUUUACGAUGGGCUCCACCAAGCCUGAUGCAAGAGAAUAUUGAACAAAAUCGAGUGCUUGAGAGUCAAGCCAUGCGCGUUGUUCGAACAAUCGGCCAGGCAUUUGAGGUAUGUCACAAAGUUGCUCAGGAACAGAUGCAGGAGCGAACCCAGGAGGAUAACGAAAGUAACAACAAUAUGAAAAACAAAGGUACUUACUGA